CAAAACAACUUCCCUUUCUUGUUCUUCCGAGGGUACUAGGGGACCAGUCCCUUUUUUCUUCUAGAUAGACGACGCCCACCAGCUCUACCCUCCGGUCGUUUCUCUCUUUCCCUCUAGCUCGCAGCCGCCGCGCGUGACUCCAGAUCUCCCGCGGCGCGACCAUGGCGGCGGCAGGCAAGGUCCCGACGCUGGCCGAGGAAUAUUCACUCCCACCCAAGGAAGUCUCUGUCGAAAAAUCUGCUACGAGCACUGUGGCCGAAGUUGUUCCUCAGAAGGAUACUGAAACCUCACCAGCUGAUGAGACCGCUGUUGCUGUUGAGGAAAAAAGUGAAACUCCUGAGGUGAAAGAGCCAGAGGCGGAAGAAACCGUUCCUGCUGCAGAGGAAAGCGAUGAGGCUCCUGAGGAAACUGAAGAGAAACCAGAAAUUGUGAUUGAGACAGCUCCAGCAGAUUUUCGUUUCCCCACAACAAAUCAAACAAGACAUUGCUUCACGCGCUAUGUUGAAUACCAUAGGUGCGUAGCUGCAAAAGGAGAUGAUGCUCCUGAGUGUGAAAAGUUUGCAAAGUACUACCGAUCACUAUGCCCAAGUGAAUGGGUUGAGCGUUGGAACGAGCAACGGGAGAAUGGCACAUUCCCUGGACCCCUGUAAGCUUCAGUGGCGCUGGAAGGACAAACAUACCAUCAUCCCCACCUAUCCUCCCUGGUGACUGGACAAAGUUACUUUGUGCCGAGAAUUCGUCACCUUCCUUUCCUUUUUGAGGACUACUUACAAAUAAGUUUUUGACUUGAUGUAAGCUGAAGGUGCUGCCCAUCAGUUUCUCCCAACGAUCAUUCACUGGAUUUUGUACAACAUCCACCUUUGGAAUUUGACUGAACUUGCUGUUUUGCGUGGCACGGUUCAAGACGGUCAUUUUGGUUGCACAGGAAAUUUCGAAACCGCGUGGAAUAAAAUUAGCAACCUAGUUCUAGCA